CUUCACAUCAUGCCCCUACUGAGCUCUAUCUCUCUCUCUCCUCUCUGUGCAACUGUUCAAAGCAAGCAAGUCAAGCCAUCCAUGGCAAACCUCUCAAAAAACCUCCUCUUCUCUCUCCUCUUCAUCUCUCUCCUCUCUCUCCUCCUAUUUCUCCUCCCUCCUCCUCCCUCCUCCCACCACCACCACCACCACCACUUCUCUCUCCCCUCCUCCACCAGCACCUUCCCUCCUCCGCCCAAAAUCGCCUACUUCAUCUCCGGCACCGACAACGACGGAGGUCGAAUUUUUCGACUCCUCAAAGCCAUUUACCACCCUAGAAACCACUACCUCUUGCAUCUCGACCGUCGAUCGUCCAAGGAUCAGAGGGAUGAGCUCGCUCGGAUGGUGGCUUCGGUCCCUGUGUUCGUUGAUGCGGACAAUGUGAAUGUGAUUGAGAGAGCCAAUUCGGUUAGAGAGGAAGGGCCUUCGAGCCUCGCUUUGGUGCUUCACGGUGCGGCCAUUUUGUUGAGGUCUAGGAGAGAUUGGGACUGGUUUGUUAAUCUCGAUGCCUCUGAUUACCCUCUCAUUUCUCAGGACGAUUUUCUUCACGUCCUGUCCUUUGCACCAAGGGAUUUUAACUUCAUAGAGCAUACGAGUAAUACUAGCUGGAAGGAGUAUCAAAGAAUUAUGGAGGUUAUUGUUGAUCCUGGCCUAUAUCUCGCAUCAAAAGGCAGAAUGUUCACUGGCAACAAAAAACGCACCCUGCCCAAUGCGUACAGAUUUUUCACCGACAAACUUUUAUUCCACUCUAUGUUGACAUGGAAUCGGGUAUGGUGGUCAGAUGCGGGUAUGAGUUCUCCACACGUGAUUUUGAGCCGGAAGCUCGUUGAGUUUGCCAUCCUUGGAUGGGACAACCUACCGAGAAAACUCCUAUUGUUUUUCUCCAACACUAAAUACUCACAACGGGACUACUUUCAGACGCUUGCUUGCAAUUCCAAAGACUUUUCCAAAACAGUUGUCAACUCCAACUUGCGCUUUACUGUAUAUGAAGAUGAUCCUCCAGACCUAAGCGUAACUGAUUUGGAAAAGAUGUUGAGCAGUGGAGCUGCAUUUGCUGGGAAUUUCCGUGCAAACAAUCCAGUUUUGGACAAGAUUGAUUCUCUCGUGCUUCAUAGGACUGCGGGUAUGAUAUUACCAGGAGGUUGGUGUUUGGGUGGGCGAGGAAGGGGCCGAGACCCUUGUCAGCUUUGGGGUGACAUGAGUAUUUUAAGACCGGGUCCAGCAUCUAAGAAAUUUGAGAAGCUUCUUUUGAGUUUAAUGUCGAACAUUACUUUCCAUUCAAACCAAUGUGUUCGCUAAGGGUUGUAAUUUGUUUCCAUUUCUGUACCACGUUGAUAAUAUCGGCUAGAUUAUAUAUAAUUAGGUAGUGUGUUUGGUUUGUUAGGUAUUGAUUUAGCGUUUGAGAAGUUUUUUUUUAGUGGCAUUUUAGUUUUUUUUUUUUAAUCUAAAAUAUGAGGUGGAAAAAAA